CGCUGCUCACCGCCCGCCGCCGAGGCUACUAAGUGGCUGCCGGGGUACAGAUCUCCGCUGCGGCUCUGUGGCUGCUGGGUCCUUCGGCCGGCGGUGCAUGGGUCACCUCCGAGGCGGGCCCCCAUGCGUUCGGGCCAUGGCGCGCUUGGGCGCUGUGCGCUCUCACUACUGCGCGCUGUUUCUGGCCGCGGCGCUUGCCGUCUGUGCUUUUUACUACCUCGGCUCGGGCCGGGAGACCUUCUCCAGCGCCACCAAGAGGCUGAAGGAAGCCCGAGCCGGGGUCCCCGCCGCGCCCUCGCCGCCGGUGCCGGAGCUGGCGCGGGGGUCGGUGGCGCCGGCACUGGGCGCCAAGGCUAAGAGCCUGGAGGGCGGCGGGGCCGGGCCGGUGGACUACCACCUGCUGAUGAUGUUCACCAAGGCGGAACACAAUUCUGCUCUGCAGGCCAAGGCCCGCGUCGCGCUCCGCUCCCUGCUGCGCCUUGCUAAGUUCGAGACGCACGAGGUGCUUAACCUGCACUUUGUGAGCGAGGAGUCCAGCCGCGAGGUGGCCAAGGCCCUCCUGCGGGAGCUGCUGCCUCCCGCCGCCGGCUUCAAGUGCAAGGUCGUCUUCCACGACGUCGGCGUGCUGACAGACAGGCUCUUCCCCGUUGUGGAGGCCAUGCAGAAGCACUUCAGUGCCGGCUCUGGGACCUACUACAGCGACUCCAUCUUCUUUCUCUCGGUCGCCAUGCAUCAGAUCAUGCCCAAAGAGAUCCUGCGGAUAAUUCAGCUGGACCUAGACCUAAAGUAUAAGACCAACAUCCGGGAAUUGUUUGAGGAGUUUGACAACUUCCUGCCAGGCGCCGUCAUCGGCAUCGCAAGGGAGAUGCAGCCCGUGUACAGGCACACAUUCUGGCAGUUCCGCCAUGAGAACCCCAAGACCCGAGUCGGGGGUCCUCCCCCCGAAGGGCUCCCUGGCUUCAACAGCGGGGUGAUGCUGCUCAACCUGGAGGCCAUGCGCCAGUCCCCGCUCUACGGCCGCCUGCUGGAGCCGGCGCAGGUGCAGCAGCUGGCCGACAAGUACCGCUUCCGGGGGCACCUCGGGGACCAGGACUUCUUCACCAUGAUCGGCAUGGAGCACCCCGAGCUCUUCCACGUGCUGGACUGUACCUGGAACCGGCAGCUGUGCACCUGGUGGAGGGACCACGGCUACAGUGACGUCUUCGAGGCCUACUUCCGGUGUGAGGGCCACGUCAAGAUCUACCAUGGGAACUGCAACACCCCUAUCCCAGAGGCCUAGGUCCCCCUCGCCUGGCCCGGGGUCUGGGAACGGAUCGGAUCUAGGGCACCUCUGGGACAGGCCCUGGGACAGGCCCCGGGGCAGUGUCUGACCUCCCAGAGAGAUGUCCUUGGGGUCUGGUGCUGCAGCUCCCCCACCGCAGUCACUGCCCUGUGGCCCCAGUGACCACCGGCCUGCACACUGUUGGUGCUUGGGACCUUUUGCCUCCAGCCGUCAUGAAGGACAAACACGCAGACCUCUGGUGGGCGAGGAAGCAAGCAUGUGAAAAGAAGGAAGAAAAAAAUGGUGGCACUUGCCUUCAGCCCCCAAAGAAUGGAAACCUUGGACCAAAUAUAAAUUUGUUUUAAAUUGAUAGGUGAGACAGAACAAACAGUCCUGCCGUUGCUCCCAGUGAGCUCUAAAUGUGAGAGUCAGGGUUUUAAAAACUGUCCCCAGAGCUGAAGCAUCCAAAUGAAGGCCGGCCUUCCGCUGCGCCCCGAGGGGGCUGUGUGCCUACUCCCACGACGCGCGCAUCACCGGGCGCAAGUGUAAAGUCACCACCUCUUUGGGGAGGGCCUUCAGCACCAACUGUGGCCCACACAGAAAAACCGGUCCCAUUAUUUUUGCCUUCAUAGCUUUUAUCUCCCAACAACAUCACAGAACCUCAUCAUCCCUUAGUCAUCUGAGCCAGCUCCAGGUGACCAGACUCUGCUCAGAAGUCAAAUCCGCCAUCAAAGAACAGAGGCUGUCCAUCCCCAAGGACAGGCGAGGGCAUUGUCUGGACUAGGAAGGCUCAUUCCAAAGAGGAGCCCGGCCGUGUACAGCCGUGUAGCUUGGAAGAGGCAUCAUUCUUAGACUUACAAGCAUCCUCGUCUCUAUUUAGAAGACUCCUCCUUGUGACGUGCUUGUUGCACCAGGUCAAACCCCAUACCUGAGAAGACGCUAGGCUGUCGUUUCUUGGUUUCUGCUUUUAGUGAGCGCUCCUGCCUGUGAGUGAGCUGCACACAUGCAGCCCCUGCUGGUUCAUUUUGUACAACCAGUUGAGGUCCCUGGGGAAGAAACGUUGAAUUUUCAUCUCAUUUCAAUUUCAUUUAACUUUUUUCCACCAUAAGUGAGAAGAGUUAAUAAAUAAUCUUUGAGAACACAA